ACACAAAAACUCGUCAUUUUCCCCCCUUCACGCGGGCCUUUCCAUUGACUCAAGUCCUCAAAGUUCUAAAUUAUCCAUUUUCGUUCUCUAGUUUUCAUUGUCAAAAUCUGAAUUGGAUCAUUAUCCUCUUUUGUCUCUGCAUAAACUCUUAGUUGGGUCAUCGUUUUCUUUGGACUAUUUUCAAUGGCAACCCCACAAACCCGUUAUACUUUCCACGUUUUCUUGAGUUUCAGAGGCGAAGACACCCGAAAAAACUUUACUGAUCAUCUUUACACAGCUCUCAUCAACGCUGGAAUUCGAACUUUUCGAGAUGAUGACGAAAUCCGCAGGGGAGAAAACAUAGAAUCUGAACUGCAAAAGGGUAUUCGAGAAUCCAAGAUUUCACUAGUUGUCUUCUCCAAAGAUUACGGUUCUUCAAGAUGGUGUCUUGAUGAGCUUGUCAACAUUCUUGAUCGAAGAAAGAAAGAGGGUCAUACUGUUUUACCUGUCUUUUACACUGUGAGCCCUGAGGAUGUCCAGAACCAAACUGGAAGUUUUGCUGAAGCUUUUGUGAAUCAUGAAAAGAGAGGAAACGCAGAGAGUGGAGAGAAAAGAAAGGAAUGGAUGGAGAAGAUGGAGAAAUGGAGAGUAGCUCUGAAGGAAGUUGCUGAAUUGGAAGGAAUGUGCUUAGCCAAAGAAGUAGACGGGCAUGAGGCAAAAUUCAUCCAAAAGAUCAUCAAGGAGAUACUCAAAAGAUUGAAUCGCACAGUACUUAGUGUACCUUCAUACACAGUUGGAUUAGAGUCUCGGGUGAAGGACAUUAACUCAUGGUUACAGGAUGAAUCCAGUGAAGUUGGCAUUGGGAUGAUCUGUGGACUUGGUGGCGUUGGAAAGACUACUGUUGCUAAAGUAGCUUACAACUCUAAUUAUGACAGAUUUGAUGGGAGUUGCUUUCUUGCAAAUGUCAGAGAAAUCUCUGAGAAACAUCCAAAUGGUCAGGUUUAUUUGCAAAAACAAAUUUUUGAAAGUAUUUUGAAAGGCAGAAAGGAAAAAAUAUACAAUGCUGAUGAAGGAAUUGUCAAAAUGAAAGAUGCUAUUGGCAACAAAAAGGUUUUUAUUGUAUUUGAUGAUGUAGAUCAGCUGGAUGUCUUAGAUUCACUUAUUGGGACAAGGGAUUGGUUUUAUCCGGGGAGUAAAAUUCUCAUAACGACAAGGUGUGAGAAACUGUUGAAGUCCUAUGAGAGGCACAUGCUAUUCAAGAUAAAGGAACUUGGGGUUGAUGAGUCUCUAAAGCUCUUCAGUUGGUAUGCUUUUGCACAAGACUACCCAUUAGAAGAGUUCAAGAUGCUUUCAACAGAAGCAAUACAGCAUUGCGGUGGGCUUCCGUUAGCUCUUUAUGAUUUGGGUUCGUUUCUUUCAGGGAGAGGUAUGGAAAUAUGGAGGAGUAAAUUGCAGAAAUUGGAAGCAAUCCCUCAUAGCAGAGUUCAAAAGAAUCUUGAGAUAAGCUACAAGUCUCUAGAUGAUCAUGACCAGAGGUUGUUCCUUCUUAUUGCUUCAUUAUUUGUUGGGAAGGACAAAGAUUAUGUUAUCAAAUUUUUAGAGAACAGCGAUUUGCACCCAACAGUUGGAAUUCAGAACCUCAUUGACAGAUCCCUCAUCAGCAUUGAUGACGAAAACAAAGUUAUGAUGCCUCCACUUAUUCAGGACAUGGGAAAAGAAAUUAUUCGUCGAGAAUCACCAGAUGAUCCCGAGAGAUUGUGUAAAUUAUUGAACCAAUGUGGUCUAUCAAAUUGCUUGACAGAAAACAAUGAAACUGAUGCAGAUGGAGUAGACCUCCCAGGCACCCAUCUGCCAGAAGAUGGUCUUGUCCCAGCACUUGGUCCUAAUGGUGCAAAAAGACCAUAUUAUCAAGAUUUUCCAGAAAUAGCUGUUCUGCCAUACCUAGGUAAUUCGUUGAAAAGGCGCUUUAUAGGACUUCUUUCGACGUUCCCCUUAUCUGGUGGCCUCAAAAGAUUCUUCCCAUGAUGA